CCCUCUAGUGCAGUAUAAAAGCCACAUAUUCUACCAAUUGGCAUUAUGUAGCUUCUGUUGUUUGCUGCACCUCGGAGUGAAAUCGAAAAAAAUGUACAAGGUCCUGCUUAUCGCCGCUCUGGUACCGGCCCUAGUGCUGGCACAAACUCCAGUUCGACAGUGCCCCAACGGUGCUGGUCUUCCGGCUACGGUUGACAUCAACGGAUGCACUGGAUCGCCUUGUCCGAUUCAAAAUAAUGCUCCGAUUGUCGCCCACGGCUGGGACAUUGUGAGCCCUGUGGACACCGCAACCUUGACCGCCUACAUCAGCGUUCGUCUGCUUGGCCUGGAAGUUCCAUUCCCGAUCCCGGAGGAGCUGGUUGAUGCCUGCGAGGCUGGAACACCACCCGGUACUUGUCCAGUGUCUGCCGGCGAUGUCUUCGAUUACACCUUGGACCAUCCCGGUAUGGAGCUACCAGUGGCAGGAGUUACAGUCCAAGUAGAGGUCGGACUCACUGCUGCCGACGGUUCCGCUGUCACCUGUGUGGCUUUCGAUGCGCAAAUCUUAGCCUAAUUGCGACUGAUUAACGAUAUGAUAACGAAAUAACAAUA